AUGAACCUGUAUUUGCAGUCUGUCGCAAAACAUAUCCUUACGCAGAGUGAUUCCGUCAUACUUGCUUCACUAGCGAGCCUCGAAAUCCAGGGGCAGUAUGCAUUGGCCUCGAAUUACGGAGGCCUCCUUGCCCGAACGGUUUUCCAACCGAUUGAAGAAUACAGUCGCAAUUUAUUCAGCAAACUAUUGGGUAUAAGAGAAGCCGGGCGCACCGUGGAUAAAUCCAUCACGGCUGUAAAAUCCCACUUCGUUACUAUCCUUCGUGGCUACACUAUCAUUUGCGUGGUGAUUGGUGCCAUCGGACCUGCGGCCGUUCCUCUUGCAAUAAAGCUUGUCAUUGGCUCACACUGGGACUCCCCCGAGACGCAGCAAGUCCUCUCGUCAUAUUGCUAUUAUCUUCCAUUUCUGGCAGUAAACGGCAUCACCGAAGCGUUUGUGUCCGCCGCGGCUACGAAUUCCGAGCUACGGCUACAAACCAAGUGGAUGGGGAUUCUAUCCGCUCUUUUUGUGGCAGCUGCAUAUGUGUUUCUAAAAAUCACGCAAUCCGGCGUAUAUGGACUUCUGUGGGCGAACCUUGUCAACAUGGCAGCCCGCAUAAUUUGGAGCAGCUUCUUUAUCAAGGGAUUCUUUGAGAAUCAUAAUAGCAAGCUACAUGCCAGGGAGGUACUACCAAGUUUAGGUGUCUGCAUUACAGGAAUUAUCGGCUGGCUAUCGAUGAAAUAUACUGGUGUCUCCGGAAGUCUAGAUAUUGAAAAUCUCGUCAAAGUCGCAACGGCGGGCCUGUGUGUUGGCUGUACCAUGGAGCCUCCGCCCGCCAUGUCGCCUGCUGCCACCAUGAGUGGUGCACCUAAAGUGUUGCUGCUCUCCCCGCCUUCACUCUCAUCGAACCCUGACAAGCUGGCCGAGCUCCUCAAUCAGUAUGACAAAAACACCAGGGAUCUACAAAUGCUUGAUCGGCUUGCGGCUGGCCUUGUGUCCCUCCCGGAGUCCACUUACAAUCUAGUUCUACUUCUCACAGACGUUGAUGGAACUAGCAUGGAAAGCGAGCGGCUGGUAGGCCGAGAAACGUUGCAGCAGAUCGUUCGAACUCUACAGCCCGGCGGCAUAUUGAAAUACCAGGAUGGAUCGUCUGCCACAAUCAAAGAACCCGCACGCACCGAGGCGAUACUAUGCGGAUUGAUGGCCAAUGAUAAGGGAGAGCUGGUAAAGCCAGCCUUUGAAGAGCAAUCAGUUUCACUGUCAUUUUCAAUAAACAAAAGCCGGAAGGCCAAGAAAGACAUCGAUGCGAAUAACCAUGAACAGCCACCGACGACAUCUAAGAAUAACAUAGUAACGUUGUCGACAGGGACAGAUGAUGUGUUUAAUAGCCCGGGGAACGAUGAUGACGAUGAAUUAAUUGAUGAGGAUGAAUUAAUGGACGAGGAUGAACUAGAGAGACCUAUUAUACAGCCCCCAGAAUGCCGACCCAAAGCUGGCAAGCGCCGAAGGGCCUGCAAGGACUGUACUUGCGGGCUAGCUCAAAAGUUUGAAGCAGAAGAUAAACUCCAGCGUGCGAACGCAGACGAAAAACUAGCAGCAUUAAAACUGAAUUCCGAGGAAAUAGCCGAGGUUGACUUUACUAUUCAAGGGAAAACUGGGAGUUGCGGGAACUGUUCCCUUGGGGAUGCGUUCCGUUGUGAUGGUUGCCCAUACAUUGGUUUACCACCCUUCAAACCAGGCGAGGAAGUGAGACUAUUUGAUAAUGACGUGCAAUUGUAG